AUGGCGGCAUUACUUCCCGAUUUAAACAUUCGACAACGUCGGUGGCUAGAGUUGAUGACAGAUUAUGAUUUGGAGUUCAUAUAUCAUGAGGGACGAGCAAAUUUAGUAGCCGAUGCGUUGAGUAGGAAGUCCAAUUACUCGUUGUCCGCCUUGGACGGAGUUGAAGAGUUGCAUCGGGAUUUUGCGAGGUUGAACUUGGAAGUGGUGUGUAAGGGUGAAUUACAGGGAUGUCUGAAUGCUUUGUCUAUUCGACUUUCGUUCUUUGAAGAAAUUUUAAAUUCCCAAGAUAAAGACCCGAAACUAUUGAAGUUGAAGGAGCAAGCUCGGGAAGGAAAAGUGGAGGGAUUCUUUGUUCAUGAAGAUGGGAGCUUGAGGUUCAAUGGUCGCUGGUGUUUGCCGACAGGGGAAGAAUCUUUGAAGAAACGUAUCUUGGAUGAGGCCCAUUGUACAAAAUUUUCAGUCCAUCUAGGCGGUGACAAAAUGUAUCAAGACCUUAAGCUAAUGUUUUGGUGGUCUGGGAUGAAGAAGGAUAUUGCAGAUUAUGCCUCGCCCUGUUUGACUUGUCAAAAGGCGGUAAAUGAUGCAUUAUGGGUCAUAAGCCCGUUUUAUCCCUAUCAGUUGUCGUUGGGAGAUGGAACAGCAAUGGGCACUACGUUACUUUAUAGUACGUCUUCCCACCCGCAGACGGAUGGGCAGACGGAACGGAUAAAUCAGAUUCUAGAAGAUAUGUUGCGCGCUAUUGCCAUGGAAUGUCCGGUUUAUUGGGAUGAUUUCACCGAAGCGGUGACCUUGGGACCUUUGUUGUUAUUUCAGAUGACUGCAAAAGUGAAGUUGAUAAGGGAUCGUUUGAAAGCGGCACAGGAUCGUCAAAAGUCUUAUGCUAAUUUGAAGCGACGACCAGAAGAGUUCACCGUGGGCGAACGCCUUAAGCGAUAUCAUGCCGCAGCCUCUCAUGUCUUAGAUCCCGAACCUUUAGAUUUAGAUACAUCCUUGUCAUACUCUGAGAAACCGGUUAGAAUCUUGGAUACGAAGGAUUUUGUAAAUGUGACCUUGCAAGAGUUAUUUUGGUCAUGA